AUGGAUGGUUGUUUAGCUAUUAAUAGACGACAGAAAACUUUUGGCAAUUUUCAUAAUUUCUAUGAAGUCUUCUCAAGACUUUGCUAUCCUCAAAGUGUCAUCUAUAUGGAGAUUUUGACAGAAGUUAUUGACAUCAUACUGGUGGAAACAUCCGGUUUCCAUUAA